AUGAGUGCUAGUCAACAUUACGAAAAAAUAUCGCUCUCAAAGCAGGAUUUGUCCCAUGUAUACAAGCAAUUUAUUCUCUCUACACAGAGGAAAAUACGACAUUAUCUUCCCGUAUCCGACAACCAUGAUCCGCUCCUGAUUGAAGUUGAAAAUAUAGUUAUUGAGCACUUGGCACAAGUGUUUGAGAUGGCAAAAUCCGCCUUAAUUGUUGAUGGCCACGAUCUUGGCGAAGAAAAUAUAUUGAUCAAAGACCUUUUAUCACUUCAGCCGACAGAAGAAGUUGUCCCUUUCGAUGCUGAACUAAAUCAGAAACUAAGGUCUGUCAUCCAGCAGGUGGAAAAGAAAACAACAGAAGUAACCAGGUUCCGAAGAGAGCUUCCUCAGAGAGCCAAAGACGCCUAUGAAUCAAUAGUCACAAAUACAGAUUACGAAGUGACUGCACUAAUCAAAGAGCUCACGCCAGAAGACGAUGAGUUACAGGAACUACCGAGCGACCAAGAGAUCAUCCCCAAUUCCGAAGAAAUCACCAAUGAGUUGCUGGAAAGCGUGAAAAACCUCUACUCCUUGAAGACAGGACUAUCAAAGCAGAAAGCACAGUUGGACUCACUAAACCACACCAUACAGUUCUUGGAGGAAAGCUACGCAAAGCAAGAACGCGAAAAAAAAUUGUAUCAGUGA